ACCGGUUUGGUCAGAUUUGUACUGGCAUUUCAACAACCCUUCCCAUAUGAAUAUUCUGUCUCAGUAAUUUCCUAGAGAAAUGGCUGGGCUAUCAAUGCUGUAUAAUGCAGCCAUUGCGAGCACUUUUAUGAAAAUCCUUCUUUUCCCAUGCUAUCGCUCGACUGACUUUGAGGUUCACAGAAAUUGGCUAGCGAUAACUCAUUCAUUACCUAUUUCACAAUGGUACACUACAGCAAUUUCAGAAUGGACGUUGGACUAUCCCCCUUUUUUUGCGUAUUUUGAAUUUGUUCUUUCUUGGAUCGCGAAAUUACUUGGUUUUGACACAGAAAUGCUGAACCCAUACAACCUGAAUUAUGUGUCUCCUUCAGUGGUAAUAUUUCAAAGAAGCUCAGUUAUCGUUUCAGAGUUGGUACUUUUAUGGGCUUUACGUGAAUAUGUGUAUUCAUAUCCCGAGAAUAACAGGGGAAAUGCUGUACUCACCGCGAUUGACACCUUUCUAUCCCCCGGGUUUAUCAUCAUAGAUCACAUUCAUUUCCAAUAUAAUGGCUUUCUUUUUGGAUUACUAAUAUGGUCUUUAAUUUUAGCUAAGCAUAAUCGAUUGCUGUUAUCGGCAGCGGUCUUCGCGACCCUCAUUUGCUUCAAGCAUAUUUUUUUAUACGUUGCUCCUGCUUACUUCGUAUAUCUUUUUAGAGUGUAUUGCUUGAGCGUAUCCGGAUUCCGUCCUCAAAUAUUUAACACAAUCAAGUUGGGGCUCACAGUUAGUAGUAUUUUUCUUCUAGCAUUUGGGCCUUGGAUAUACAUGGGACAGAUGCCACAACUCUUUGCUCGUCUUUUCCCAUUUUCUAGAGGACUUUGCCAUGCGUAUUGGGCACCUAAUUUCUGGGCCCUUUACUCUUUCUUUGAUAGAGUGGCAUAUGCUUUCUUACCUCGCCUUGGAUAUUCUUUUCCCGAGGUACCUUUUACAAACGCUCCUACGCGUGGGCUGGUUGGAGACACGACGUUUGCUGUUUUGCCAAAUGUUUCUCCCUCUUUUACUUUUUAUUUAUGCCUUGCUUUACAAGGUUGUGUACUAAUAAAGUUGUUUGUCCGUCCUACUUGGCGAGUCUUCGUCGGAGCCACCACGCUAUGCGGUUGGAUUAGCUUUCUGUUUGGUUGGCAUGUUCAUGAAAAGGCAAUUCUAAUUGUCAUCAUUCCUUUUAGUAUUCUUUCUUUAAUAGACCGCCGUUAUCUUGAAGCCUUCCGCCCUUUAGCUGUUGCGGGGUAUAUUUCUUUGCUUCCUCUGUUAUUUACCUCUCAAGAAGCGCCCAUUAAGUAUCUUUUUACUGGCGCAUGGGUCGCUGUACUUCUACACUUUGAUAAAAGUGCCCCUGUUCCCGUUAAAAGAGUAUUUCUUCUCAAUAGAGUUAAUCUUGCCUAUGUGGCUGGUUUUGUUCCUUUGUUUAUUUACAACUCAUUCCUUCACAAUUUCGUAUUUGGCGGACGAUAUGAGUUCUUGCCAUUAAUGCUUUUAAGUACUUAUUCAGCUUGGGGAAUUUUUUGUGCUUUCAUCAGUCUCUCUUGGUUAUAUUUUACUGAUCUUAAUUAGUUCCUCAGUUCCUUCUGGUUAACAAAAAAAAGUGUUGUAAAAAAGGUGCGGCUAUUGAAAUUGAUGAUUCUUAAUGAUAUAUCCUUCUUUUCGUUAGAUGAUGAAAACUCGGAGAAAAAUAUUAUUGCAUUUGUUAUUCUAUGAAUGUAUAAUGUUUCAGUUGUGCCAUGAAAGCUUCACGUCAGUUUUCAGUAUAUUUUUAAACAUUCAUAUCAUAACUACUAACUGAAAAAUGUCUAUCCUUCACAAAAUGUUAUUAAGACGUAGAAUAUACCAGAAAUUAUGGACAUGUUUGAUUGGAACGUGCAGUCUAUGUGUUUCUAUGCUUGAUGCGGCAUACCUUUCAGUAAAAAAUUAGUUUUAAGCAUCAUUUUAAAACAAAUACUCCAAAAAAUUAAGUAUAAACUAAGCUAUACAAUCAAAUUUACUGAUCAUUCAUAUUACUUCUUCACUAAUGAGUCAGUGCAACCAAUGUAAACAAACGGUUACCCAAGUUUCCCAUGUUACCCACCGUUCAAAACAAUCCUAGAUAAUUCCAAACUGACUUUCUUUUAGCAUUUG